UGUAUGCACUUGAUGUAUGCAAAUCAGUCGCAAAUGCUUAAACAUUUACAGCGAUGAAACAUUUUGUAGUUUAAUCUUGCAUAUCGUAUCGAGUGAGCAUUUACCACAUUGAGAAAACGUUACCGAGUCAUAGAAGAGGAAAUCGAGUAUGGCUAACUACCUUCGAACAAAGCUACAUUUUUUAAUCGGUCUGGCGGGUUGCUUGGUGGUUUUUUUUGGUAUUUUUAUCUUGUCAUCAGCCACAAAGAUAAAUGUCAUAAUUAGACAUUUGCAUUCGUUUCGUAGAUUUGGGGAUAACACUUGUCAAUAUUGGGCUGGAAUACUGGUAGGUGUUCGCUAUGAGUUGCACACGUAAAAACGCACAAGUUGUAACAAGCAUGCAGUAGACUUGUAGCUAUAUGCUGUUCCGACAACUUGUUAAAGGGGCUGACUGUCAUUUAUUUUCUUAAACUGUAUAGUAACUCGUUUUGAAGAUUUUUGUUCCCACGCUUAGUUCUUGAGAUAUUUGAUUUUGUUUGUAACCAUGUAACGUCAUUUACUCAAUUACAUAUAUAAUGAGAUAUCUGUAAUUGUUGUGUAUCUUUGCUAUUUUUGAUGGAUUUGUUCAAAAAAACAGUAUGCUUAAUGAUGUAGGUUAAAUUAACAAACGCGCCGCAUCUUUCAAAAGAUUUUGAUAAAAAAUAGCAAAGAUACACAACAAUUACUGAUAUCUCAUUACUAUGUAAUUGAGUAAAUGACGUCACAUGAUUACAAACAAAACGAAAUAACUCAAGAACUAUUAAGCCCGCCGCACACGAGAGCAACUUGCUGAGCUAACCGCCUCGCGAGGCAGCUAGCUCAGCUAUGUAUUUUCACCGCACACGUUGGGAAAACUACUCAACAACAACAUAAUUGACAAAACAUUUGCAUUUUCCUCCAUUUUGUUCCAAGUCACAAGAAGAAACCAUGGUUUGUCAUUGGCUAAUUGAUUCAAACAGCUCAGCACUUAGCUCACAACAUACGCACUGCAGACGCUGAGAUUUUUUCCUCGCGAGGCGAAAAAUAUCAAACACGAUAGAUAUUUUCCUCAAGGCCUCGAGAGGUCAAAUCCUCACGAAAACUAUCCGCACACGAGAGCUACUUGCUGAGCUAACCGCCUCGAGAAGCGGGCUUAAGCAUAGGGACAAAAAUAUCCAAAACAAGUUACCAUACAGUUUUAAGAGCAUUUUCGUUUAAGACAAUAAAAAUUUUGAUGGCAGUGCCCCUUUAAGAGAAUGUGUUCGCAUUGCUUGUUCCCAGCUUGUUGACAAGUUGUCAACAACUUGCUACAAGGUUCUUGCAUUAACUCAUGUGACUUGUUGCGAUUGUUCCAACAACUUGCUAUCGUCUUGCAUUUCAACAAUUUCUCAACACGUUGUGAAUGACAAUUAGCUUGUAGCAACUUGAUAGAAUAACAGCAUUGUUACAACUUGUUGACAAGCUUGCUACACUGAGCCUGUCGUGAACACAUCUUGUCGACAAGUUGUGAUACUUUUACGUUUGUAAACGACGAUGAGAGUUGAUGAUAUGCUAUUAUAAUAUAGCAUUUGUAAAUUCUGAACGCUGAUUGGCUAAGAGCCGUGUUGCUAUAACUCAAUGUCAACACGGAAAUGUAGGAAAAUUUCUUUCUUUAUGUUUCUUUGUGCUAUAUUAUAAAACCAAUAUAAAACAUUUGGUGUGAAACACUCUAGAUAUUGUGGAUGAUAUCCCAUUAACCAAUGAACAUGAGUAAGACGAGGACCAUGAAGGAGUACACCAGGAGUUAGAAUAACUCAAUGUCAACACGGAAAUGUAGGAAAAUUUCUUUCUUUAUAUUUCUUUGUGCUAUAUUAUAAAACCAAUAUAAAACACUCGAAAUGGUGUGAAAACACUCCGCCCUUCGGGCGUCGUGUUUUCACACAAUUUCUCGUUUUCCCAAUUUCCACUCGUGUUGAUAUAACUGUAUAUCAACACGGAAAAUGUUUUAUAUUUGUUAAUUAAAAAAUGAUAUUAUAGCUAGUAAUCAUAAAUAUAAAAAAAGUUUUGUAAAUUAUACUAUACACUUAGAAACCCUAAUACUAAUACUAUAUAUAGUAUAGAGAUCAACUUUUUUUUUGUUUUAAAUACUCAAAUAUAAUUUCAUAAUGGUAGUACAGUAGUCAACUCGAAAGCUUCUGCUCCUUUGACCACUACGCACUCUUCAUCUGUGAAUACAUAUUAUGGAAUAAAUGUAAAUAUAUAUAGUAUACUAGUAAUACAUAAUCUUGUAAGAAAGAAAUAAGUGCAAAUAAAACUGAACUGAUUUAAAACUGCAUGAACAGUUGCAACUCUCGCUAGCGUUUGUUCACCAACUCUCAUCGACUCUCGUGCAUUCUCAAUAUGAACCAAUUUUGAACUGGUUCAAAUUUUGAUGAGUGUUGAUAAGAGUCAGUGCACUCUGUAAAUCAAGCACAUGCGCACAACUCAUCUACGACAACGUAGGCGAUUUUCUCGUAAGUUAGUCUCGUAAAUUUUUACACCGUUUUGCUAUAGAGCUUCUAGACAACACUAUAGACCCAUUGCACUGACGUCAUCCUUAGAGUGUUCUCCAGAUGUCCCUAACAAUAUCUGUUCGGGUACAACAACCACAUACAGCGCAAAAAUUAACCAUUUUAAUACAAAAUUAUUAUAAAGUUUUACAAAAGUAGCAUUGUUUACAAAAGUUGUAUUAUGCAUAGAUUGCUAAUUUGUCCUCCAGAUGCAUCGUCACCGGCGCUGUGACGUCAUCUGCAAUGGGUCUAUUUCGCGGACGUUUGACCGUGGUGUUUGAUUGACCACGCUCAUAUGUUCAGACAGUUUUUUUUUUAAAUUUAGACCAUUCUCACUGGAGGUGUUUUAAUCCUGACCUUUUUCUUGAAGAGACACCAGUCUUUGGUAAGCGCUAUAAUUUUUUCACAACAAACUCCAGAGCCUAACCUAACUUCUUAAUAACUAACGUCUUAAUUUAUAUACUUAACGUGCUCUGCGAUCCGGCUAACUCUGUGAUUUCAUGUCAAUCGCUUGUGAGAAGCCAGGGCCGUAGCUAAUCCCUGAUGGAUGAGUGGGGGCGGGGCGCAGAUGAAAAAUAGCCUUACUGGACCUCUAGGAAGAACAUUUUAGAAUUGAUAGACUAUCUCCAGUAUAAAUAAAGUUAGUUUAAAUUUUUUCUGUGUUGGUGUAGUGUACUCAGGUGAAUAUGAUAUUUGUGGUGUUACUCUGAGUGUAUAUCCACACUGGGCGAGCUUGAAAAAUAUGCCCGGCCACGGUGGGAUUCGAACCUACGACCUUUGGAAUACUAGCCCAAUGCUCUUCCAACUGAGCUACGCGGUCAGGACGGUUCGAGAAAGUGAUAUUUCGGAACAAAAUCUAGUUCCUUCAAUACCAAUGUAUUCUAGUAAUAUGAAUUUUCUUUCUCGAACCGUCCUGACCGCGUAGCUCAGUUGGAAGAGCAUUGGGCUAGUAUUCCAAAGGUCGUAGGUUCGAAUCCCACCGUGGCCGGGCAUAUUUUUCAAGCUCGCCCAGUGUGGAUAUACACUCAGAGUAACACCACAAAUAUCAAAGUUAGUUUAGUUUCAUCACUUCACCCACUCAAUUACACAGUGGUUUCUAACUUUCUACGAAAAUAGUGUUAUGUACCCACAAUUUAUACUGGUAUGUAUGCACGAACUUGUGGUCAGAGCUCGACAACUGGACUCAGUUGGUUAGAGCACUGUCCCGGAAUCGCAGGGUCGUAGGUUCGAUUCCCGCCAGAGGGCCUUGUGCUGCAUUUUUCGCAACUGCUCCUGCUUAUAGGUCUAAACUUGAAUAUAAUCUUCCUCAAAAUUUCCAUCUACAAAAAUCCUCCGUAUGUUACUGAAUUCUAUUGAGAGGGAUGGCCAAAAUAUCUCGAUAUAUAAGUUGUUUCACGUCUACAAUCAUUUUCCAGAAAUACAUCAGCCUAUGCUGCGUCCUGGUGACUAUCGUCCUAGCCCUGGGCGUGAUCAUAGAAGAAUCAACAAACGCUGCAAUAUUACAUGGCUAUUUCAAGAAAGAUUCAUACUGCGACGAUGAAACGGUCUUCUCUUAUCGCAAGAAAGAUUGUGACGAGCUCAAAGAAGUGAAUAUCUGGUAUUAUAUCUUGUUGUACGCAACUGAUCUUGUGUUGGCGUUGUGUUCCUUCGUGAUGCUGCUACUGUUUGCGGACUGGACUCUGUUUGUUGCACCGGUAAGACUAAUAUAUAUUAACUGUAUACUGUUUGUUGCACUCUUGCCCCAAUGAUAUAAUCUUGAACAGUCUAGUGCCAGUGUAAGUAGUGCCAAUUGAUUAAGAAAGCUUCAAAAAACUCAUUAAUAAUUCAGGAGCAAAACACAAAGAAAAAUCAUAAGCGUGUCGUGGUUUUAAAUGUGAUAAAAAAUCAUGUUAAUUUACAUAAACUUUAGCUUUGAUUUUCUCUUUAAAAAUUACUUCGCCAAUGAACUCGUAUAAGAUGAGUCGUUUUUGAAGCUAUUUAAUUUAAAAGCACUCGUAGUCGUGUUUUAUCACAUAUAAAACACUCCGCUACGCAUCGUGUUUUAUAUGUGAUAAAACACUCCUACGCGUGCUAUAAAUAGUUCUUCGGAUUGAUAGAGAUACAUGCAACUACCUGAAAAAUACCAAAAUUACUAACUUGCCGACGAAGGGCCUUCGCUCGAAACGUCGAAGUUCUCCUUGUAUUUUUCAGGUAGCUGUAUCCCUAUCAACCUGAAGCUUUCUUUCCGAAUUACCCAUUUGGCGAAUUGCCAAAAUCACGAGUACUAUUAAUCCCUAAUUGUACGAGCAACAUCCACAACAUACUUGUUUAUUAUUAGCAUGACAAAAUUGGAUACUUCGUUAACGUAUUAUAUUCUUCGCCAAAGCCCAGUUCUGCCAGAUUUUCAACCAAACUUUGGUGCUUUUGUCCGUAUUUUCAUUUAGUUCUUGUGUUAAAUCACUGAAUUUGGUGCUUUUGUUCGUAUUUUUAUAUAGUUCUUCUGUUAAAGCAAAAUUUGGUGCCAGUUUUGUUCGUAUUUUCAUCUAGUUCCUCUAGGGCAAUUUCAUUUCACGCUUGAGUUUAAAAUACCUUUCCACCAUUUUGUUUGCUUUGGGAAAAUCAUUAAUUGUACUGCAGUACAAUUAAUGAAAUAAUUGUACUCCUCUCAACCAAUCAGCAUCCAGUAAUUUUGUCAUGCUAAUAAUAAAUGGUUUUAUGACCUCCCUAUUUCCAAGCUAAUGUUAAACAGUAGCUACUUUAUGUUUGUAAUAUUUUCAGAAAAUGCAACCGCUUGACGGCCUAGUGGCACAGGAAGUCCUUCCAUCAUACCAGCAGAUGUCGAAUACUCAACCAGGAAAUCACAACGAAAUAUCAAUGUAUCCAUAAAUGCUCAGGUGAACUGAAAACUCUUGAGUGUGGAUGCGAAAAUUUUCAUUGGCAAUUUAUAAUUGAUGUGUUUGCUUCUGGACGUAAUACCACAGAAUAGAGACCUUACAGAAGGCCGACUCAACUAUGCCACGAUUCGUCAUCAAAAUGCACUCCCCAUAUUCCUAGCUAGUGUGCGUACGAGAGGCAUUCACCCCCCUGAACAUCCACCAUUUUGAGUAUUCUCAGGAGGGUGAAUGCCUGUCGUAAACGCACGGACAAGGAACAUGGCAAUAGUAUUGCAACAGUUACGCCAAAAUCAUAGGCAAAACCAAGAGAAGUCGGCCAUCUGUAAGGUUUAUGAUCUGUGACAAUACGCUAUAAGCGUGUUUUAUAUAACAGCAGCAUUCAGUAUUUUCUUUUGAAUCUGUUGUUAACAAUGUUUAAUGUUUCUUGUUUGCCUGUUGUCUAGUUUAUUUCUCUUUUACAUUCUUUAUCUAAACACAAACUUGGAAAAUCGUAGUUUAUUAAUUUGCAAGUUGCACGAGAGUUGACUCGGUUGCAAAAUAAAAAAUGUUUUGUAAAUUCAUCUAAAUUUGAAUAAUAGACCUUAUGCAUAAUGAUGUCACACGGCUUGAUGCCCACGAGGAAUGCUGGUCUUUAUAGUAGUCCGCAUCGCCCGGGAAAAUUUCGAUAGUGGCCAUUUUGAAUUGUUUAAUUUUCCCGGGCGAUGGCUACUAAGACCAGCAUUACUCGCGGGCAUCAAGCCUUGUGACAUCAUUAUGCAUUAGGUCUAUUGAACCAGUUAAAAGUCGAUGAGAGUGCAUGAGAGUCGGCGGUCAUCAAACUCUCAUCCACGAUUAACCAGGGCGUAAGAGUCUAAAGUCAGGUUUACGAUUGGGGUGGUAUUUAAAUUGAGGUUGUCUUGAUUUAUAUAGAAGUUAGGAAAUAUGUGAUUUGCACAAAAGGCCUGCUCAAACAACCUAACAAUGCUGAACCAACAAUUUUCAAGUGGCCUGUUUUAUACUGUUUCUUUCACAAAUAUUUCAAUAAAGCAAAGAUUUUCAAUUUGGAAAACUAAACAACUGAACCAAAUAUUUCAACACAGUGCUGCAUGACGUGCAUCAUUUUAGCUCCACAUGGGGGGGACUGGCACUGGUCCACUGUUUGCCGCGGCCGUAACUACAAAAUUUUCUUUGUGAUAGAAUCUCUGACAGCCACUCAGUCUAAACAGAAAAAUAUGUACCUCUUGACAUAUCUAUCAAAGGCACUUUGUCAUCUCUGACAACCACUCAGUCUAAACAGAAAAAUAUGUACUUCUUGACAUAUCUAUCAAAGGCACUUUGUCGUAGAGUUCUUAGCAGCUAGGCUACAAACGAAACACUCUUAUUAUACUAGGAAAACAGGUUUUCUUAAAAACAGCAUGUGAGAACGUAUUGGUUCAGUGCACAGAGGAAAGCAAGCCCGUUCAGUGGCUGAAAACAUCUCGUCUAUUCAAAUCAGUUGCAUUUGUCAACUAUCCCAAACAAUAGCGAACUGUAAACAAAUGCUUUAAAUUUUACAAUGUCAAUGACGAAGCAUUUUAUGGUUUAACCUUGUACAUCGUAUGGUCAGCAUUUGUAAUAGUGGAACAGGCCGCAUAAAACUUCAAAAAGCUAUACUCUAUUCUCUAUACAUUUCUCCACUGCCUAUACUAACGUUGAAAAUGUUUGCAUUGACGGAUAUCUUAAGUUUUGAAGGUGACAAAAUCAAGAUUCUGAAGCCAGUGUGGGCGGUCAUAGCAGAAUAUCUUGUGAAAUUCUUGGUAUUAGUAUCCUUAGUGUUUGCAGGUAUGCAAUUUACAUCUGGUACUUUUGAAUGCUUGCCUGCUGUUGAAUGCCCAGCUAUAUCAAGACGAAAUACUAACAGUUCCUCGUUAAUAUCACAGAUAAACUAUCGCAAUGUGUGUGAAUCAUUUUACAGUUCGCAGAAAACCAGAAACAACUUAUGUCAUAACGGACAUUAAAACGAUUAUCCAGUAUGCCGGGUUUGUCAAUUCUGAAUGCAGUAAAUGUGCUAUUCCAAACUUUCUUGCCUACUUUUGGAUUGUGCUGUUUGCUGAAUCAUUUGCACUCCUUGUAAUCGGUAAUGUGUGGCUAAAAAUUCCAGCCAUAGCAUCAUUUCUUGAACGUUUUAGCACACUUGUGAUGGAAUGCUACAAUUCACCAACCUCUAAUUUCCAGCAAGCACAAAUUUUGCAGAGGUCUACCACCACACGCCGUGUCUCCGACAUCUCUCUUGUUGAACAUCAGAUGGAAAGUGACCCGGACAUAAUUAACAAAACUAAGGAACUCAAUUUUAAGGAUGACACUCCAACUGUAAAUGCGGUGAAGACGUUGCACGAAAAAGUGAACCAACUCAAGAAGAGUAUCAAAUCAUCCCACAGAUUCUUGAAAAUAUGGCAUGUUUAUUUGAUUCAAUGUUUAUUGCAAACUCUUUUUUCCUUCGUAUUCUUCGUAAUUGAUAUUAAUUACAUGAAUGAUUUGCCCGAUAAAAUGACCUGCAAUAUCACUGAACAUAUCCCUGUUCCUCAUGAAUAUUUUAUUUGUUCACAUAGCCUUGCACCUACAUUCGCUGGUGGAUUGAAAUAUAUAUAUAUUCCAGUGUUAGUGCUUAGCUUUUUUAUUUUUAGUUCCAUGACUGUGUGGACAGUUAUAAUAGUUAUGAAAAAAUGCAAAUAUGAGGUUCACACUGAAGACCUUAAUAUACCCGCCAUUUGUACGGAAGAAGACGACUUGGGAUUCCUGCUUCACCUAUUGCACCAUUCUAAUAAAAUAUAUGUAGUCCGUUUUGCAGCAUUCUUCGGAGAAAUACAAGCAUAUGUUCUGGCUAACGAGUGGCCUGUUUCAAAAUUAAGGAAGGCACUGGAGGAAGGAAACAGGAUGGUGGAAUUUAAUGACCUUCCAGGAAUUCCACUGACCAUACUUCACAUGGCCAAUGAAAUGGAAUAUCUUCAACUAAGAAAUUGUGGUCCACUUGACAAUGAUGACUUUAAAUAUUUUACUAAGCUAACUUUACUACGGCAGCUAGACAUUAUUGAAUGCGGUCUUACGUGUAUUCCAGAUAAUAUUUUGAAGUUGCAGAGGUUAAAAUAUCUUUGCCUCGAAGGUAAUUCCAUCAAAUUAAUUCCAACUGACACGAGUGAAUUCAUGCUGAAAAAUCUGAUUAUGCUGGACUUAAGAAAUAAUAAACUAAAAUCUAUCAAAACAUUUGAACAUUUUGAUAAUCUAACGGAGGUUAGACUUGAAGGCAAUCCAGACUUAGAAUUGUCAGCAUUAAAGGCCGUAUUAGAGUGUGAAAAAUUGCUGAAACUGAAAAUCCCUGAACACCUUCAACACAGAGUGAAUGAAUUAAAUACGUUGGAGCAAGAUAAGUUUAAUAAAGUUAUCCGACCUGCUGGUUACGAUUACAGCGAAGAUCCUGACCACGAUGAUGAAGAUCCUGACCACGAUGAUGAAGAUUCUGACCACGAUGAUGAAGAUUCUGACCACGAUGAUGAAGAUUCUGACCACGAUGAUGAUGAUCCUGACCACGAUGAUGAAGAUCCUGACCACGAUCACGAAGAUUCCAGAAUUACAAUUGUUAGCAUUACAGGCUGUAUUAAAGUGUGAAAAUUGCUGCAACUGGAAAUCUCUGAACACCUUCAAUACAGACUGGAUGAGUCGAGACAAGUUUAUUAAAGUUAUCCAACCUGCUGGUUGCGAUUACAUGCAGCGAAGAUCCUGAUCACGACGAAGAUUCUAGCGACGACUCUGGCGACGAUUCCCGAUCAACAAGGCGCAUCGACAAAGCUUCUCAAACAGACAUAAUCACAGAAGUCUAACUUCCCCAUGAAUCAAACUGUCACUUUGUGAACAAUGCAAAUUUUCAAAAUUGACAUAUACUAGAUCGAUGUGGUAGUGAGAACAAUUAGUUGCUUCUAUGUUCGUCGUUAACACAUUUUAGUAUUUUUGCACAAGUGAACAUAACAAAUCCUACAAGUUGAUUGGUCAAAUUUGACGUAUUAAGCUGUUAAAUUCACCUACAGGUGAAUAUAUAAUAAAACCAAAAUUUACAAAAUGGCAGCUAGCCGUUUUGCGAAAGUUACUGAUAAAGAAAUAAGCGAGAUUAAAAUAAAUUCAGUCCCAAAAAACUUGUGUAAAAAUACUAAAAUUCGUCUCGGCGAAUAUUCCCCCGAUAAUCACCUCGCCUUCGGCGGCAGAUAAUUGUUAAAUGUUAUACAAUUAUGAUUUAUACAAAAUAUUCUCAUAGGUUAUUUCUGCCAAGGUUAUUUUACUCAAUAUUAAACAUAAGUAUUAAAAAUCAUGACUUGUUUAUGUAUGUUAUUGUAAUGAAAGACAAAUCUGUGGAGUCAUUGGUAGCUAAAUAUUCCUUUGAUGUCUAACACAUUUGAUCCAUUAUAUGUAAAGUCAAGGUAAGAAUUCCCAUAAGCAAAAGAAUUAUGUAAACGAUUCACGCCAACAGACGUCUUUAAAUUUUCUAAACAACCCUUCAAAGAGAAAUUUUAAAAAGGAUUCUAACCUAAAGUGCGACUAAUCCCAAAUAUAUUUUUUUGUAUUUGUAAUAUUUGGGUCAUAUUCUAAGAAGAAAUAUAAUGUACCUUUAUAGUAAAAAACCUCAUCUUGAUAAACUUUUCACUGUUAAAUAUUCCGGACAUGAUGUCUUUAGGUAAAUUUUUGGUACGAAAAACAAAGGAAAACUAAUUUGCAAUUCACCUAAUUUGUGACGUAUAGCGAGACAACAGAAUACAACACGACGCAGCAGAAUAAAACAAAACACAAUACAAACACAAUACAAACGAAAACAACAGAAAACAGCGCAAAUACUAUAAUGUGUCAUUAAAAUCUUUAAUUCUUUUGCAAGGUUCACGUCGCCAGUUCCUACAGAUCUACGACACGCGUCAGUGGCGCAAUCGUCACACCAGCCACACGAGGCAAUCAUCUAAUUGGUCACGCUAUUGACAUGAACCUCAUUGACCGAACAACUGGAAAAUUUUGCAACAGUAGAUGUCUUCGAGGCUCUAACAAAUCACCUGGCAUCACGUGCUUUAUUGAAAAGAUCAGAUCAGACAGUUCGCUUAGAUGGGGAGGACAUUUCAGCACAUCGGAUCCGGUGCACAUCGACGACGGAACAAACAGGAAAAAUAGCGGUUUGUGGAAUCAACUUUACAACCCUCUUCAGAAAAACUGUCGUUAAUUUGAAUGAAAGCCAGUUUACGUAAGGCCAAAGUUAGUUCCCAGGAAAACAGGAACUAAAACUGAUACUAUGGCAGCUUUUUACUUUUAAGGUAGCCGACUAGACGACUUUGAUGAUUUCAUUAAUUUUUUACCGGUUUAAUAGUUUGUUAUAUUGCUUUUACUUAACAUUGUACUACCUAAG